UUAUUAUUAUUAUAUUCACAAGGGCUGAGUCAAAUAGUGAAAAAUAUAUUUAAUUUGAGGAUUGUUGACUCGUAGGCAAUUGGGUAUUUCAUAUUUGAUAAAAUUUCACACUGAAAAGCUCAUACAGUUGAAAAGGGACAAAGACUCUUAAUUGAUUAUUGCUAUAUUUAUUAUUAUUUUAUUAUUAUUAUUACUAUUAUUAUUGAUUUUUCUUUGCAUAUCCUAGUUCUCUCUGGAUAAUAUUGUGUAUUGUGUGCAAAUUAGCAAGGAAUCAUAUGCUGGUGGUUUGUCUCAGAUCUACUGCCUUCAGUCACAUGAAAUCAUCUCUUCUGUCUGUUGGACUGUUGUUCAACAGCUCUAGUCUCUAGGUGCACCCAUGAGCACUUGUUUGGGGUUUCAGGGAAGUGCUCCUCAAUUUGGGGUUGCUUUUCCUGGGAGGAUUUUGGGUGUGCAAUAGGGCUUCAGGGUUGGAGAUAUUUUCUGGGAUUCUGGAAUUUGAUUGGUCGUUUGGUAGUGGAGUUAGAGACUGAUAAGACCUGUGUGUGAGGCCUAACUGGGGAUGGAUAUAUAGGUUGGGUGCAGUAGGGGUUGAAGUUUCUGAACAGUUGUCCGCUUGGGUUUUCUUGAAAACAUUAGCGCUUGUGAGAGGCCAGUCACAUCUUGAUGGCUUAGCUGUUUCAGGCGUUAAUUACUUUUUCCAUCUUUAACUAGGCAAAAUCCUAUAUCUCAAUUUGUUAGGUUUUGGAAUCUUCUACCAUAAUUUGUGGCUUUUGGGUGCUAUCAUUAAUAUUUUCUGGAUAUUUUUGCCAAAUCUGUGACCCCAACUUGGGCUUGAAGUGCUAUAAUUUCGAUUUUGUGUUGCUGUAUGAGUUUCUUGUAUUGGGUAUAUAUAUAUAUAUAGAUAUUGUCUGGUUGAAUCAAUAACCACUAGGAAUUCAGUUGAUGUGCCAUGUUUUUCAUUGCAGUAAUGAUAGAGAAAUUCUUUUAGAGUAUUGUGGUGUAUGGUUUGAAUUGACAUCUGAGCUCUCAAUAUGAGUAGCGACUCGAGGACUGUUGUUUGGUUUAGGAGGGAUCUCAGGGUUGAUGAUAAUCCUGCUUUAGCCACUGCGGCUAAGGAGGGUAGUGUUCUCCCUGUCUUUAUAUGGUGUCCUAAAGAAGAAGGACAAUUCUACCCAGGUCGGGUUUCAAGGUGGUGGCUGAAGCAGUCUCUUAUGCACUUGAAACAGUCAUUGAGAUCUCUUGGGGCUGACCUUCUUUUGAUCAAAGCCGAAUCUACCAUCGAGGCUCUUCUGGAGUGUAUCCAUGCUAUUGGAGCCACAAAACUAGUAUAUAAUCAUCUUUAUGAUCCCAUUUCCCUUGUUCGUGACCACAGCAUCAAACAAAAACUGAUGGAGCUUGGCAUGUCAGUGCAAAGCUACAAUGGAGAUUUAUUGUAUAAGCCAUGGGACAUAUAUGAUGAUAAAGGAAAUGCUUUUACUACUUUUGAGGCUUAUUGGAACAAGUGCUUGAGCAUGCAGAUGGAAUUUGUUUCACUUCUUCCUCCAUGGCGAUUAGUGCCAGCUGCAGGGAAAGUUAACAAUUGUUCGAUUGAGGAAUUGGGUCUUGAAGAUGAGUCAGAAAAAUCUAGCAAUGCUUUACUAGGAAGAGGAUGGUCUCCUGGUUGGAGCAAUGCUGACAAGGCUCUAACUGAAUUUAUUGAGCAGCAUCUGUUUGACUACUCAAAGAAAAGGCUCAAGGUGGAGGGGAAUUCCACAUCUCUCUUGUCUCCAUAUCUUCAUUUUGGAGAAUUAAGUGUGAGGAAAGUUCUACAUUCCGUCCGAAUGAAGCAAUUACUGUGGGUGAAAGAAGGGAACUCUGUCUGGGAAGAGAGUGUGGAUCUUUUUCUCAGGGCAAUUGGCUUAAGAGAAUAUUCACGGUACCUUUGUUUCAACUUCCCAUCCACUCAUGAGAGACCGUUGCUUAGCAACUUGAAACACUUCCCUUGGCAUGCUCACCAUGUCCACUUUAAGGCUUGGAGACAGGGUCGUACUGGUUACCCAUUAGUAGAUGCAGGAAUGAGAGAGCUUUGGGCAACUGGGUGGAUUCAUAAUAGAAUAAGAGUGAUCGUUUCAAGUUUUGCUGUCAAGUUUCUGCUUCUUCCAUGGAAAUGGGGGAUGAAAUACUUCUGGGACACACUUUUAGAUGCUGAUUUGGAAAGUGAUAUCCUUGGUUGGCAGUAUAUCUCAGGGAGCUUACCUGAUGGUCACGAGCUUGACCGUUUGGACAGCCCAGAGAUUCAAGGCUCCAACUAUGAUCCAGAGGGUGAAUAUGUGAGACAUUGGCUGCCUGAGCUAGCAAGAGUGCCCACUGAGUGGAUCCAUCAUCCUUGGGAUGCUCCCUUUACUGUGCUUAAAUCUGCAGGGGUAGAGUUGGGACAAAACUAUCCAAAACCUAUUAUUGAGAUAGAUUUGGCUAGAGAGCGUCUAACUGAAGCUAUAUUUAUGAUGUGGGAAAAGGAUGCUGCCACAAAAGUUGCAAACUCAAAUGGGACAAAUGAAGAAGUUGUCGAUAACUCUGAUAGUAUUGAAAACUUAUCCAUUGCAAACGUCAGUGUGAAAGAAAAGACUCCUUGCCCUACCAGUUCAUCCCAUGAUCAGAGGGUGCCCACAUUUCAGAAUUCCAAGAGUGGUUUGUUAAAUAGGAAGAGGGCAAAGUGUAUUGAAGAUGAGAAGCUGUCUCAAAAUAACCUGCACAACUACGACCAUGGAUGUGGGACUUCAAGAGCAGAUGAAGAUUUGCGCUCUACAGCUGAAUCUUCUUCAGCCAAGAAGCAGGCCACUAGCAGAACUUCGUUCUCUGUUCCACAGUCUUGUUCCUCAUCAUCAGAAGGCAAUCCUUUGCAGGAGUAUGAAUCUCCUGGUCUGAAGCAACCAUGGCCAGAACAGAUUGUCUGGGAAAAAACUUCAAGUAAAGAUGAAUAUCAAAAUCUGCAAAAUCCAUUCAAACUCAAUGACCUCAAUUAUUUGGUGUGGUCUCAACUAGUGCGAACGUUUUUGAAAGGAAAAGGAAAACGGAGUCAUCUAAUUAUACUUGUUCCAAGUGAAGACAAUCCAAAGUUUAUAGCAUGGGAUAAAGAGGAUUCAAUGAUUAUGUCAUGGUUGUGGAAUUCAAUGUAACCAGAGAUUAGUGGGACGUUCAUCUUGUUAAGGACAGCUAGAGAUAUUUGGGAGACUGUUUGACAAUCAUACUCUAAAAUGAGGGAUGCUAUCCACAUCUACGAAAUAAAGACCAAGAUUGGUGCUACCAAGCAAGGUACGUUUUUUGUCACUAAAUACCAUAACAUCAUGAAAAGCUUGUGGUUGGAAUUAGAUUACUAUCAGAAUAUUAAGAUGAAGUGCAACGAAGAUGCUGCCAUGAUGCUUAAAUUUGUUGAAAGGGAAAGGGUAUUUGAUUUCUUUGCGGGUCUUAAUGUGGAAUAUGAUCAAGUUAAGGUUCAAGUCCUUGGAAAAGAAGAUCUCCCUCCCCUAAAUGAAGUCUUCUCAUUAUAAGAGCAGAAGAAGGAAAAAGGAGUGUUAUGCUUGACACUCCAACAACAGAAGGUUUAGCUCGUCACUAUGAAGCCAAACUCCAUACUGCCAUACAACAAUUAUAUGGAGGAAGUGAAGUGUCCAGAUCACUAGUCAAUAAAGAUGGCUUGUGGUGUGUCUGUUUUAAAAAACUGAGGCAUACGCAAGAGACUUUUUGGAAACUCUAGUGAAAGUUGCAAUCAUUUGGUAUAGGAAAUGGAAAUUGAUAAGCACGAUCUGGACAAUGGAAUGGUCAAGCCCAUAUUGGUCAAUCUGAAGAGAAUUCCCAGCCAAAAAUCUCAACUUCUAAUGAUCCAAAUGAUGGUAGAUUGAACAAAGAAGAGAUUGAGAAGCUCCAUAGCCUUCUGAAUUCAAUGAAUAAGCCUAUUGCUUCAUGUGCUCUUGCCCAAUUAGCCAAGUAUCCCAUUUCUCAUGUUCUUGGUGUUUCAAAGUAUUGUUUUCCAAGUACUUGGGUCCUUGACUCAGGUGCUAUUGAUCAUAUGACCUUUUCUUCACACUGUUUUUCUUCUUAUAAUCCAUGCUCUGGGGAUAAAAAAAAAAUUAAAGUUGGGCAUGGCACACUAGCAACUGUGGAGGGCCAAGGAAAAAUUGCUUUAACUUUGACUAUCACAUUAAAAUAUUUGUUACACAUUCCAAAACUUUCAGCUAACCUCUUGUCAAUUCAUCAAAUUUCUAAAGAUUUGAAUUGCACAGUCACCCUUUUCCCAUCUCAUUGUGUGGUCUAGGACCAAGCCACGGGGAGGACGAUUGGGCAUGCUAAGGAACAGGAGGAUUUGUAUCUACUUGGAUCCAGUUUUGGGAAUGGUGAUUGUAUGCCACUCUCUCAUUUUUCAAAAAAGUUCCCAUUGAAUAAAGCCAAAUAUGGUUUGCAUCAUCUUCGUUUAGGGACGUCCAUCUUUUUUUUGCUCAAAAAAAAUGUUUUCUUUGUUAUUCAAUAGAUUGGAUGUUAAUAGUUUUCAUUGUGAGGUUUGUCAAUUAGCUAAACAUCAUUGUGUCCUAUUUCUUGUAAGUAAUACAAAGUCAACAUUCCCUUUCUUGUUAA